AUGGAAUCCAUUGUUAGUGGCGCUGCUAAUAAAGUUGUGGAAUGCACGUUUGGUGUCAUCAAACGUGGGUUUGUGUACAUAAUAUAUGUUGACAGCAAUGUCCAGAAUCUCAAGAUGCAAGUUCGAAAACUGAUGGAUGCCCAAGCACGUGUGCAGCAAAAUGUUGAUAGGGCCAAGAGGAAUGCGGAAGAGAUUUUUCCUGAUGUUAAUAGUUGGUUGAUUGAGGUCAAUAAGAAGAUCUCUGAGCAUGCUGCAGCACAAUUGAAGGAGGAUGAAGAGAAAGCCAAGAAGAAGUGUUUCAUUGGGUUGUGUCCUAAUUUCAAGUCUCGUUACCAGCUUAGCAAGAAAGCAGAGGAAGAGGCGCAGGCUAUUAUUCAACUCCUGGGAGAAGGCAAAUUCGACAAAGUUUCGCAUUCUGUUGCUCCAGACGGAAUAGUAAUCAAAGGCUACAAGGCCUUUGAAUCAAGAACAAGUGCCAUGGAGGGGAUUAUGGAGGCCGUAAGGGAAUCAAGUGUCCGAAUAGUUGGAAUACACGGGAUGGCUGGUGUAGGCAAGACCACCCUUGCGAAAGAAGUUGCUAGUAAAGUCAGGGAAGAAAACUUAUUUGACGAAGUGGCGAUCGCAAUGGUUUCACACAAUCCAGUCAUAAGACAAAUUCAAGGAGAAAUUGCUGACAUGUUGGGCCUCAAAUUUGAUGUUGAGACUGAUAGUGGCAGAGCAAUGCAGUUACGGUGGCGAUUGAAGAAUGGCAAGAGGAUCCUCAUAAUUUUAGAUGACCUCUGGCAGAAACUCGAUCUUGAAGCUGUCGGGAUCUCAUAUGAUAAUGAGGCCGCUCAAAAAUCUUCUACUGCUGGAUGCAAAAUAUUGCUGACUUCCAGAAGCCUCGAUGUGCUCCGCCUUAUGGAUGCUGAGAGGAGUUUCGAAGUCAAAAUCUUAUCUCAAGAAGAAUCAAUGAUUCUGUUUGCAAAUAUAGUUGGUGAAGCCGUUGGAAAAUCUGAUGAUUAUCAACGUAUAGCGGAUGAAUUGGUGAAAAUAUGCGCAGGGCUGCCAGUUGCUAUUUUAGCAAUUGCAAAUACAUUGAAAAGAAGGGAUCUUCCGCAUUGGAAGGAUGCCUUGCGGCAGCUGCAGAGAUCAAUUUCAUCAAACAUAAAAGGGGUGAAAGACGAUGUACAUUACACUAUAGAAUUGAGUUACAGAUGGUUGAUAAAGGAGGAAGCACAAUCUCUGUUCCUGCUUUGUGGCCUGCAUCCUCAAGGUUUUGAUAUUCUUGUCUCUGAUUUGCUACAGUAUUGUAUUGGGUUGGAUAUGCUGAAAGGCAUCAAAACUGUAGAAGAAGCAAGAGAAAGAAUUGAUGUACUAGUUGAUAUGCUCAAAGAUUCUAGCUUGUUACUGGAGGGAAAAGAUAACGAAUGGGUGAAGAUGCAUGAUCUCAUUCGCGAUGUUUCCCUUUCAAUCGCCUCUAAAGAUAAGCGGAUGUUGGUCAUAGAGGACGAAGAUCGUAGGAAAGAACUGUUGAAGGAGGGAAAACUCAAUGACUGCACUGCUAUCUCAUUGCCAUACAGUAAUAUUCAUGAGCUUUCUCGUGUGGAACGUUCGAAAUUGGAGCUACUCAUGUUGCUGAAUAAAGAUUCUUCUUUCCAAAUUUCAGACACUUUUUUUGAAGGCAUGAAUGAGCUGAAGGUGUUAAAUGUGACUGGUAUGAACUUUCCAUCUUUACCUUCAUCAUUUCUUUCAUUAACUAACCUUCGAACGUUGCGUUUGUAUCAAUGCAACUUGUCUGAGAUAGCCAUCAUAAGGAAUCUAAAGAAGUUAGAUAUCCUUAGCUUUCAGGGUUCUAGUAUUAAGCAAUUGCCAGUAGAGAUAGCAGAAUUGACCCAACUGAAAUUAUUAGAUUUGAGUGAAUGUUACAAACUUAAAGUGAUCCCAGCAAAAGUCAUAUCAAAGUUGUCUAGAUUAGAAGAGCUAUAUGUUGGCAACAGCUUCUGUCAAUGGAAUGUUGACGGAAAUGCACAACUUCCAGAGUUGAAGAACUUGUCUUGUUUGUCUGCCUUACAUGUAUAUAUUCCUGAUGCCCAAAUUAUGCCAAAAGACUUGUUCUCUGUGAAGUUGGGAAGAUACAAGUUUGCCAUAGGAAGUUUUGAUUGGGAUUUUUUUGGGUGUGAAGGUUCGAAAGCAUUGCAACUUAAAUUAGAUACUGGUAUUCAUUUAGAUGAAGGGAUUAAAAUGUUGGUAGAGAAAACUGAGGAGUUACGUAUAGAGGAAUUCAAAGGGGCCGAGAAUGUGCUCUAUGAGUUAGAUAGGGAAGGUUUUCCACAUUUGAAGCGUCUCAGAGUCGUUGAUUCCUCAGACAUGAAAUGUAUUAUUAAGUCCAUUGGCUCGGCUCCGCAUAAAGCAUUUCCUGUUUUAGAGUCAUUGGAGCUUAGACUGCUAACUGGUUUGGAGAAGAUAUGUGAUGGUCAACUCAAGACAGAAUCAUUUAGCAGACUAAAAACCGUAGAUGUUGCAGGGUGUGAUAGAUUGAAGUAUCUUUUCUCAGUCUCUAUAGCAAAAAAUCUCUACCAACUUCAAGAAAUUGGCGUAUGGAAGUGCGAGAACAUGAAAGAGAUAGUUGUAGAGGAGGAGGGAAGGGAAGAAAAUGUUGUAGAGUUUCGUCAGUUGCGCUCUUUGGAACUGCGAAAUUUGCUAAAAUUGAAAAGCUUUUAUUCCAUGGAGGAAACGCCUUCCUUAAUAGGACAAGGAGGAAGUGUAUCAAGCUCAAAUAUGGUUCCACUUUUCAACGGAAAGGUUGUGUUCCCUGCCAUAAAGGAGUUGGUAUUACGAUCAUUGAGUAGUAUUGGAAAACUAUGGGAUGAUCAGUUUCCAGCUGCUGUAAUGACUUUUCGUUUUCAAAAUUUAUCAAGAUUGGAAGUGAGGAGCUGUCAUAAAUUGAAGUAUGCAUUUCCUUCUUCAAUGGUUAAAAGCUUUGUGCAACUGAAAACACUUGUUGUAAGAGAGUGUGAGGAUAUGGAAGAGGUAAUAGCAGUCAGUGCAGAAGAAGAAACGGAUAACAUAAUGGUGUUUCCUAAACUUAACUCCUUACAGCUCGGCGAUCUUCCCAAUCUCAAAAGAUUUUGCUGUGGAAUUAAUCCAAUUGAAUUCUCCAUUCUAAGGGAACUAGAGAUAAGGAAUUGUCCUCUUCCUAGCACAUUCUAUUGUGACUCUAGUACAAGUGUUGGAAAGAACAGCAGCAGCAUCUCAAUGGAUCACAACCUCCAAGUUGAUGUAUCACAUUGUCUAUUCAAUGAUAAGGUGGCACUUCCUAUGCUACAGAGGUUGUCUAUUUCUUCGAUGAAAAACUUGGAAAGGCUAUGGCCUAACCAACUUGCUAAACAAUCCUUUCCCAAACUAAGUUACUUCUAUUUGGGAAGUUGUGAUAAGCUAGUGAAUGUUUUUCCUUCGAGUAUAUUGACAAGACUUGAAAGGCUUGAGGAACUAAUCAUAAGGGAUUGUGAAUUAGUGGAAGAAAUAUUUGAACCCCAACAAGCAGAUGGUAGUAUUGCAACUGCUACAUUUGAAUUUCCAUGGCUGACGUCCUUGGAACUUAUAAGAUUGCCAAGACUAAAGAGUUUCUAUCAUAAAAUGUAUGCUCCAAAUUGUCCAUCAUUGAAAGAGAUGAAUGUGCGUGAAUGUCACAAAGUGGAGAUAUUGUUUAGUUUUCAAGAAACAGAUGGAGUGAAGAGUGAACUUGAAUUAGUCCCAAUUCAACAGUCCCUAAUUUCGGUGAAUAAGUUUACGUUCCCAACUCUACAACAACUUACUUUGGGAUGGAAUGAUGGGAUGAAGGAGAUAUGGCAUUGCUCUGCCCAACAACAACAGCUACUUGCAUCCCACUACUUCUCCAAACUAAAAUUUGUCACACUUUAUGACUUUCCUGAACAAUUAGCCAUAUUCCCAUCUUACUUGCUCCAGUUAUUAUCCUUUCCCAAUCUUGAAACGCUUGAAAUAAGGGGAGCUUACUUUAAAGAGAUAUUCCCAAGUGAUGGAGUUGGUGAGGAAAACCCUGCAUCUGCAUGGGUGCUACUCUCCCGGUUAACUGCAUUAAGGCUUGUUAAUCUUCAUGAAUUGAUGCAUCUAUGGAAGGAAAAGGAAGGAUUCCAAAAUCUAAGGAUUUUUAAAUGUGCCAAAAGCCUAGUGCAGCUCAAAGAAAUGAAGAUACGGUCAUGCGAGAAUAUAGAAGAAAUAACACAAGGUAGUGGGGGAUAA